AUGACGAAAAGCAAUCCGAAUGUAAACAAUCCCCAUUUAAAUACCAUGACUUCGGAUUUUUUAUAUCACAUCAAUAUAAAUGUGGCGGAUACACAGAAUCCAACAGAAAUAAUACAGCAAUAUGGUGAUGUAAAGUUUGUUUGUCUGGGUGGUACCAAAAAUCGUAUGCUGGCCCUGGCCAAAUAUUUACGCCACAUACUUGGACUUGAUGAUAAAGUAGGUGAGUUGGUGGAUAUUAGUGAAGCUGGAAAUCGUUAUGCCAUGUAUAAGGUUGGACCCGUCCUCUGCUGUUCCCAUGGUGUGGGUAUGAGCACCAUGAGUGUCCUUUUACAUGAAUUGCUGAAAUUGGUACAUUAUGCCCAGUGCAAAGAUCCGGUAUUUAUUCGCCUGGGCACCAGUGGUGGUGUGGGUGUUAAUCCUGGUACUGUUGUUGUGUCCAAGGAGGCAUAUAAUGGCUAUUUAAGGAAUGAACAUGAAAUU